GUCGACAUCGGUAGUCGAUAGUAAAUUUGGUUAUUGUCAUUAUUUGUCAGGAAGUUGCUUCUUGUUAAUUUUUAACUUAGAAAAAGUGGAUCUUUGCAAUAAUAUGUACAUGAACAAUCCCUGAGAUAAUAUUUUAUCGAUUCCAAAAUGGGACUUUUAACGGAUCCUGGCACCAGCCACAGUCAUCUAAGGCGAAUACUUUUGCGAUAUCACAGCAAAGUAUGCAUCCUCCUAUACUUCGGUGCAAUAAUAUGGUUCAUGCUACUUGCACAUCAUAAUUUCAAUAAUGCAACGUAUUUCUCGGAGAACGCACUGCUGCCCGGACUGGUGAAGGGAGAAUACGACAUGGACACAGAGGCACGCUCUCUGCUGACUGAGUUGGAGGGGGAAGCCGCCUCACACCCCAACUCCCUCCCCUCCGCUUGGCUGCUCUCCCGCUUCCAUCGGCUGGCACUAGACGCUUACACGCACAACUUCACACUCAACUAUCCGCUCGGAUCUAGCUCGAAAUUUACUGGACGCAACGUGUAUGGCAUCCUACGUGCGGCUAGGAGCUCGAGUAUGGAGGCAGUGAUGUUAACCGUGCCUUACAGGCCUCCGAACAGUGUGCACCCCACCACUGCUCCUGGACUUGCUCUCAUGCUCUCUCUGGCUAAAUUUUUCCGCAGACAAAAAUAUUGGGCCAAAGAUAUCAUAUUCCUCGUCACCGAGCACGAACAGCUCGGAGCUCAAGCUUGGCUUGAAGCUUAUCAUGGCGCUUCUUGUGGGCUACCAGGCGUUCUUGAUCAUGGCGAUCUAGGAGGUCGUGGAGGAGCUAUUCAAGCAGCUAUCAAUCUAGAGAUUCAUGCCAGCAAGAUUGGUUACAUAGAUAUCAAAGUGGCUGGCUUGAAUGGUCAGCUUCCCAACCUGGAUUUGGUGAACCUUGUACACCGAAUGUGUUCCAAGGAAGGUGUCCGUCAUACUUUCAAUAAUAAGGAGAAGGUGUACAAGAACAACUGGUGGGCUACUUGGUCCCGAGGAAUGCAUACUCUAUUAUCGAUGGUGCUCACUCAGGCCACAGGAAUGCCAAACGGCAAUCAUGGACUUUUCCAUAGAUUUGGAAUUGAAGCGGUGACCCUCGAAGGGUUUGAAAAGGUUGGAAGAGGAAGUCCAGCAACAUAUUUUCAGGUUGGAAGAGUAUUGGAAGGUUUAUUUAGAAGUCUCAAUAAUCUUCUUGAACGAUUUCAUCAGUCGUUUUUCUUCUAUCUUCUACCUGACACUGACCGUUACAUAUCGAUUGGUUUAUACAUGCCCUGUCUUGUUAUGUUGGCUGGAGCGCUCAUCAUUAAAGCUUUCACUCUGUGGAUAAAAGUUCAAAAUAAUAUUUCUAUUGCUGAAAUGGAGUCACCCAGCUCGGAUGAGAACAAUGAGGAUAGCAGUAAGGGCGACAAGAGUGUGAAUUUGAAUGUGAUGAUGGUGGGGACGGCAGUGUUCAUCAAUCAUGUGCAGGGCGUUCUGCUGUUCAGCGGCACUCAGCAUUUCACUCGCAUCACAGACGCCUACUCCACUGAGAACUUGCUCUAUGGCUCCUACCUCAUUGCAAGUCUACUCACUAUUGCCUCGCCUUAUAUCAUUAGGCUGCAUAAACAAUCUACUGACCAAUGGGUGCUUCUGAACAUAAUAGCCCUUCUAGAACUAGCAACGGUGCUGCUAGCUGUGGGAAUGAAUAACUUUUCAUUGGCUUUUCUGACCGCUGUUAUUUAUGUUCCUCCUGCUUUAUGGCUGCAGGCAUCAAACAACAGGUGGUACAAGAAACUGCUAUGGAUGCUUCUUCACCCGUUGUUCAUGCUGUCUUGGGUGGUGCUAGGAUUCACAGCAGUGACAUUCCCAGAGCUGCAUCCACUUGAGCUGCUAACCAAGGCUUUUGCGGCCAACAAACAGGCACUGGUUCUCUGUGCGGUCGACUCUUACAUCUACGCCAGCUGGACAUUCAAUGUGGCCACCAUAUUCUUCCUUCCAACUUGGUCUCUGUUCUGGCAACUCUCUCAAUCCCACAGCGAAAGCCUAGAAACAACGCCUGAAGAAAUGACUGCCAAAAAAGAACAAUGAUCUCACUGUCAAAGACUGAUAAGUCAUGAAAAACAAAUUUAUUUUACUUAUAAUAGGAUGAGUAGCAGACAGCCAGUUGCGAGUUGUUUCUUAUAGCGACUGGAAUGUUAUUGUGAAGUUUGUUUCUAACGUAAUAACAUCUAUAUUCAUGAAAGGGUACAGCAGUAAUGUAGAAUUUUCACAAUAUUGAUACUCACAUCACAGUACUUUAUCACCUUGUGCACGAAGGAAAAUAUAAUGACAGAAUGUUAUUAGAAUCGUUGACUGGAGUAGUAAUGGUAUACAAAAACUGCAACUACCGAAUAUUAUUAAGCGGGUCGCCCAUUUAAGCUACCAUAUUUCAAUAAGUAUAACGAUAAUGGUGAAGUCAACUCCACAAUCCUUGAUUUUUUCAAUUGUAAUUACUCAUGCUUUAAAUAUUCCAUUAUCAAUAAUUAAUAUUAUGUAGAUUAAUUCAUAAUUCAGCUGUAUUGGAACAAAUAUAUGUGUGAACGUUUUCAAAUAUAAGACUUUUCUAUGAUGCGUAAUACUGUAAUAAAACUCGUGAUUAUCUCGAUAAU